AUGCUCUUCCUCACCACGACCCCACACGCCUAUCAUCGUCUGCAGGAGGACAUUAACCAAGGCAUUGCGGAGGGCAAAAUCUCGUCCCCCAUCACCAACGCCGAGGCCAAGGCACUGCCCUAUCUGCAGGCCGUCAUCCACGAGACGCGGCGGUACCACCCAAUCAAUAUCGGCACGUUCCCCAGAGUGGUCCCUCCCAAUGGCGACACGCUCGCUGGACAAUUCGUCCCCGGGGGCACCAAGAUUGCCGUCAACCAGCGCGGUCUGUUGCGCAACAAGGAAUUAUUCGGCGCCGACCCGGACGUCUUCCGCCCGGAGCGUUGGCUGGGGGUUUCACCAGCCCAGCGCGACAGGAUGACCUCGGUAGUGGACCUGUCCUUCGGACAUGGUCGGUACAUAUGCUCUGGCAAGCCGCUGGCCGUGAUGGAGCUCAACAAAGUCUACCUCUUGCGAGAAUUCGACUUCCAGCUGAUCAACGUGACAAAACCGUGGGUCGUCGAGUUUUACACCAUCCUUUACAUCAGCAAUCAGUGGAUGCGAGUCACGGCGAGGAAGUUCUGA